UCUAAGUUGUUUGCCGUUCGCUACUGCAAUCCACUGCAGUCUAACUGCAGGACGCAAUUCAGGUCCAGCGCGAUAUCUAGCCUAUCCUCCGUGACUGCGAUUCUGAAACCACUUAGCACACCGAGACCACGGCUCCUAACCGGAACCCAUCCUUCCGAUCCGCCUCUUCAUGGGUAUUUCUACGUCUGCAGCACCCACACUCAUCUCAACCGCGCCGUCCAGCGACCUCAGACCUCAAAAUAUGGGCUCACGCACGACUCCUCCCAUACCUACGGACUCCAUGGGUCGUGGUGGAUACAACGCCCCCACCUCUUCAACUCCCACCACGGUCUCGACCCCGCCCGAACAGCCAGAAAUGCAGGGCCGGGGCGGAUAUAACGAUAUGAAUCAUCAAGCUGGAACCAACUGCUAGAUGCAAAUGUACUCCUCAGCGGCUGAAUUGCACUCGGGGAGGGGGUUGAGACG